AUGCAUUGGGCACUGCGCUUACCGAAACAUGAUCAAGAUUAUCCUGAACUGGCUGAAUUGGUACAUCAACAAUUAGAUCGCAUGUAUCAGCUUGUUGACAAAGUCCAUGCAGGACAAUGUCGUGGUUCUACAGGUGAAGUGAUUCAAGAUGUGGUCAAUAUCGGUGUGGGUGGUUCUGACUUGGGACCAUUGAUGGUUAGUCAUGCAUUAUCAGACUAUAAAGUCAGUACUGCUAAACCAUUAAAAGUACAUUUCGUUUCCACUAUGGAUGGUAGUCAGCUUUCUGAUUUACUACAUCAAUUACGCCCUGAAACCACCUUAUUUAUUAUUUCGUCCAAGUCUUUUGGAACCAUUGAUACUUUAUCUAAUGCUCAAACAGUUCGUCAGUGGUUAGAAAAAGAUUUGGGUACGCAAAACAGUGUGAUCCAACAUCAUUUUAUUGGGGUUUCAACCAAACCUGAGAAAAUGACAGAAUGGGGAAUCGCAGCAGAAAACCAGUUCUUACUUUGGGAUUGGGUCGGUGGUCGUUACUCGUUGUGGUCAUGUAUUGGCUUACCGAUUGCAUUGCAGAUUGGUGUUGAUGGGUUUAAACAAUUGCUCGCAGGCGCUUAUGCGAUUGAUCAGCAUUUCCAAAAAGCUUCAUUUGAACAAAAUAUUCCUGUAUUGAUGGCUUUACUUGGAGUCUGGAAUAAUAAUUUUUUAAAUAUUCAGACCCAUGCAGUAUUGCCUUAUGAUGGACGUCUCAAAUAUUUUGCUUCUUAUUUACAGCAACUUGAGAUGGAAUCGAAUGGAAAGUCGAUUCAAAGAAAUAAUCAAAAAGUUGAUUUAAACACCUGCCCAAUUGUCUGGGGCGAAGUGGGCCCAAAUGCGCAACAUGCUUUUUAUCAGCUUUUGCAUCAAGGAACUCAUGCAGUGAGUUGUGAUUUUAUUGCGCCGGUGCAGCGUUAUAAUUCGAAUCAAUUUACCUAUGCAGAAAGUGCAGAAUCUUUAAUUGAGCAACAUCAUUUGGCUUUAUCCAAUUGCUUGGCGCAGUCGCGAUUAUUGGCUUUUGGUAACACAGCAUUAAAUGCCCAUGAAUUAUCUGGCUUACCUGUAUAUAAACAGUAUGAAGGCAAUCAACCAAGCUCAACGCUAUUGUUGCAAGAACUGAGCCCUUAUAGUUUAGGGAUGCUGAUUGCCUUGUAUGAACAUAAAGUGUUUGUGCAAUCUGUCAUUUGGAAUAUUAAUCCAUUUGAUCAAUGGGGCGUUGAAAAAGGCAAAGAAAUUGCCAAUCAAUUACUCCCUAUCCUCAAUGGUAAAGAAAAAGAUGUGUCUCAACUGGAUGCUUCAACACAAGGUUUAAUUAAGAUCUUGCUGGGUGGUGCUGGUUAUAUUGGAUCACAUACCUGUGUGGAGUUACUUGAGGCUGGGCAUGAGGUUAUUGUUCUAGACAAUCUAUCAAAUAGCUCUGAAGAAUCAUUAAAACGUGUCCAAGAAUUGACUGGAAAAACACUGAAAUUUGUUCAAGGUGACAUUCGUUAUCAAAAUGAUUUAGAUCAAGUUUUUUCAAACAAUAAAAUCGAUGCUGUGAUUCAUUUUGCAGGUUUAAAAGCAGUGGGGGAAAGCCAACAAAUUCCACUGACUUACUUUGAUCAUAAUAUUGCGGGAUCUGUACAGUUAGCACAAGCGAUGCAAAGAGCGGGUGUCUUUAAUUUAGUUUUUAGCUCGUCUGCAACUGUAUAUGAUGAAGCGAAUAUUUCACCUUUAGAUGAAAAUAUGCCAACAGGUAUGCCUUCAAAUAACUAUGGUUAUACCAAGUUAAUUGUUGAGCAAUUGUUGGAAAAGCUAUCAAUUGCGGAUGAGCGUUGGUCGAUUGCACUCUUGCGUUAUUUUAAUCCUGUUGGUGCGCAUAAGAGUGGUCGUAUUGGUGAAGACCCACAAGGUAUUCCAAAUAAUUUAAUGCCUUAUGUCACUCAAGUUGCUGUUGGGCGUCGUGAUAAACUUUCGAUUUAUGGUGAUGAUUACGACACUGUAGAUGGUACAGGGGUACGUGACUAUAUCCAUGUGGUUGAUUUAGCCAAUGCGCAUUUAUGUGCUUUAAACAACCGUUUAGCUGCUCAAGGUUGCCGUGCUUGGAACAUUGGUACAGGAAAUGGUUCAUCUGUACUUGAAGUGAAGAACACUUUCGAACAGGUAAAUGGGGUUUCUGUUGCAUAUGAAAUUGCACCGCGUCGUUCGGGAGAUGUAGCAACCUCAUUUGCAAAUAAUGUACGUGCAAUUAAAGAAUUAGGUUGGACGCCAAAAUAUACUUUGGAAGAUAUGUUGGCAGAUAGUUGGAAUUGGCAAAAGCAAAAUCCAACAGGCUAUCAAGCAUAA